UCAUAUCUGGAGAUAAUUCCUUAGAUGAUAUCCUCUCCUUGUGAGAAUCAAGUCCACACAUGAGUGGUUACAGAUGCAAUCACUGUGAUGCUACUACUACACUAGUUGGUUGGUUGCUAAAUGUUUAUGUGGAUGAUCAUCCUGGCUCUUGUGAGUGGAUUGUGCCCUUCAUCACUCUCCCAGACAUCCACCAGAGUAGGACAUCAGUAACAGUAAAUUUGAUUGGGGAUCCAAUGCUGCAAACUCUCCAUUAAACCAAUACAACUUGUAGCAGAUGAUUGUUGCCAAGAAGAAAGUACCAAGGACCACAUCUAAGGCUCUCUUGAUCAUAUACCUUCAUCCCUCAAUUCUUAGCUUUCUAAUCUUAUCUCUAUACAUUUAUAUUAUUUGAAUUCUGAUUUUUCAUUAUAUUAAAAAAAAAUCUUUCAUUCAAACAUUUUAUGCUAUUAGAUGUUUACAAUUGGAACUCAUAUCCACUUAACUGUGCAUGUUAAGUCUUAAUCACUAAGAUUAAGAUAUAGAUAAAAGAAAAAGGAACAAGCAAACAUGGACAAAGGGAUGGGGCCUAAACAUCUUGCUGGCUAAGUUAUGGUUUGCGGAAUGAUUGCCAUUGUUGUCACCAUGGAUCCCACCCCAAAAGAUGCGAAUGGGGAGAGCUAUUCCUCUCCCAACACUGUAGCUACUACAGUAGCUAAGGAUAGAAAGGAAAGGAAAGGAAGGAAGAGAAAAGUCACCAACUUACCUUGAGGUGGAGGUAGUGGUGCUCAAGCAAAAGAGAUGUGGGACGACUAAAGUGAUAAAUCACCCACUUGCUACCCAAACAAGGGUGCCUUAGUUAUUUGAGACAAAGUUGGCACCCACUUGGUUUGAACUUUAGGGUUCCUUAUUCCAUUUCCCUAUGGAUGGAUCAUUGGUCUCCCACCCUCUAUCAUGGAAUUGAAGUUUGAUUGCACUUUGCAUUAGUUCCCAAGAAGUAUGUACAUAUAAUAUAGUGGAUCGUCUAAUAUUUUUCUUUCAAAACAAUUUAUUUUAUUUACUUUGGAAAAAUAUAAUUUUUAGGUGAUUACACUUCAGUGAAAAAAGUAUCUUACCAAACAUAGAAUUCAAACUCAUGUAACUUUAGGUGUUUUUGCUAUUGCUGGAUUCAAGGAGUUAAAUAAAUGCACAAAUAUUGAACCCACAAAUAAAAAAAUUAUUAUGUGAUGUUCACAGAUGAAUUUGAGCCAACUUUUUUACUGCAGACUAUAGGAUUGAUGUGAAGCAAAAUGGAGUCUUUUACCCUCAUUUACUACAAUCACUGGAUUGUUGCAUGGUUUAUAAGCAAGAAAUAAAGAGUUGGGUUGCAGCGGAGGACUCGACCGCCCGCCUUGCCUUCGUCUAUGACUGAGCUCAAAGGUGCCUCCUUUACUCUACUGCUGCUGCUUGUUUGUUCUUAUCGGCGUCGCCUCGCUUUCGGCUCCUCGGGGGACGGAUGAACAGCACCACGGCGGCGGCGGGGAUGGGGAUGGGGGGCCGGGCGCCGUUCACGGCGGCGCAGUGGCAGGAGCUGGAGCACCAGGCAUUGAUCUAUAAGUACCUGAUGGCGGGGGUGCCCGUGCCGCCGGAGCUCGUGAUUCCCAUCCAGAGGAGCUUUGAGGCCUUGGCUGGGCGAUACUACCACCACCCUGCGCUAGCUUACUGUUCCUACUAUGGAAAGAAGCUAGACCCUGAACCAGGGCGAUGCCGCCGAACCGAUGGGAAGAAGUGGCGGUGCUCCAAGGAUGCGCACCCCGACUCCAAGUAUUGCGAGCGCCACAUGCAUCGUGGCCGCAACCGUUCAAGAAAGCCUGUGGAAUCACAAUCCGCCUCCCAAAUGCAGUCAUCCUCAUCUACUGUGACCUCCAUCUCUCCCGCCGGUAGUGGUGGCGGUGGUAAUGGUGGGGGAAGCUUCCAGAGCAUUCCCCAGCUCUCGGUUGCAGGUCAUAGCAAUACACAACAAAGCUUAUGCCUGGGGACCUCCAGCUCCUCUCAGCUGCCAUUGGGCCCUGGUCCUUUUGGCAACAGGUACUUCUGUGGUGUUAAACCUGGGGCGGACGAGCACAAUUUCUUCUCAGAAACUUCUAGAAGUACAAGGCAUCUUGGAAUGGAUUCAAUUGACGGCUCAUGGCGCUUGAUGCCAUCCCAAGUGUCUUCAUUUCCACCAUCAGAAGCUCGAGGUCCUUCUCUUCUGCAGAGUGCUUGCCCUCCACCUCAGUCAGUUCAAGAUCUUGGGCAGGUCUCAUUCAGCUCAAUAUCAAAACAACAGCAGCAGCAUUCCUUUGUCGGGAGCAAGUUUGGUUCACCACAGCCCGCGAAGCAUGAAAGCCAAUUCCUCCGGCCUUUCUUCGACGAGUGGCCUAAGACGAGAGACUCUUGGUCUGAUCUAGAAGAAGAUCGAUCCAACCGAGCAUCAUAUUCCACAACCCAGCUCUCGAUUUCCUUUCCCAUGGCCUCCUCGGACUUCUCUACCUCCUCUUCCAGGUCACCCAAACAUGAUUGAAAGAAAAGCACUUCGAUCGUUGGGUGCCGACUCCAAAUGGCAUUCAAUGUUCUUGCUUCUUAGUGCAUUUUUAGGAGAUUGUCUCAAGUUUGCCAUCAUCUCUCUUCCUUGAUGUGGUAGAACCUUUUCAAUUCCCUGAUGUUGCUGAUUUCUUGUAUUGAAACUGUAUGUGGAAGAUGUAUGCAAAAGUUGUCAUCAUUUUGGUCAUCUACCACAUAUCUUGAUGCUUGAUGUCAUCUUUUAAUCGUUCCAAAUAAAUCUUGUGGAUACUUUUGUGGCUCAAAACUUUAUGGUAGAUAAUCAAAAUUUAUCAUCUAAAAAGCUCAUUUUUCA